AUGGGUGCGGCGAAGGCAUUGUCGCUUCGUUGGACGCUUCCUCCGGCGGCCCUGCUGGCAUUGAGCAGCGGGGUGCUUCACAAGAGUGGAGACCGUGCUCACCCUGAUCGACAGACCAACUUCUCGACUUCGGCGAGACUCUCUGCGGACAGUGGGAAAUCGUCAUCAGACAAACCAGGCAAAACCAACACCCUCUUCGGCUCCGACGAUGGCUCUCCCAAUGGUGACCAGGCCUCAAUAUGGAUGAACAUCCUUCAGAAGUUCGAUGGUGUGAAACAAUCCGUCGGCACACCGGAUUGGAUCGAGAUCGACGCCAUUAAGAAUUACAUCAUACCAGACUGGGCUCGCUUGCUCCCUGCCACCGUUCAAAAGCUCCAACGGGAGCUCUCUAUGGCCCCUGGUUCUCUCGCCGAUGACAUCUGGAGAGAGGCCCAUGAUCCCUACAUUCAUCCCGAGAUCGCACGGGAGGCACGAGUCCGUGUGGGGGACACUCUGUGUGAUGAGGAGGUGGAUUUCCGGCAGAAAAGGCAAAGACACGCGGUCCGAGCCCUCGCAUCCUACCUAGGCAUCCCCGAAGAGGACAUCCACCCAGAGGAUGUUCCAAUUAUCGCCAUGUGCGGUUCUGGAGGCGGUCUGCGUGCCCUUGUGGCUGGAACGGGCUCGUAUCUGGCCGCCCAGGAAGCUGGUCUAUGGGAUUGUACUACGUAUACUGCUGGGGUGAGUGGCAGCUGCUGGCUUCAGACGCUGUACCAUUCCUCAAUUACUGGACGCGACUUCAAUCGAAUGGUCGAUCAUCUGAAGAGCAGACUGGGCGUCCACAUGGCAUUCCCCCCGAAGGCGUUGAAAUUGCUUACAACCGCCCCAACGAAUAAGUACCUCCUGGCUGGAUUGGUUGAGAAACUCAAAGGCGACCCGGGAGCAGAUUUUGGGCUGGUGGAUAUCUAUGGCAUGCUUCUCGCUGCCCGGCUACUUGUGCCAAAAGGAGAGCUCGGCGUGUCGGAUAUGGACCUGAAGUUGUCUCAUCAAACGCAUAAUCUCUUAAACGGAGCGCACCCCCUUCCGAUUUAUACAGCCGUCCGCCAUGAGAUCCCUAUGGUGCAUAAUGACGAAGAAGGCAAGCCAGUUCCUGAAAAACGGAUGAGGCAAUCCCAGCGCGAGGCGUGGUUUCAAUGGUUCGAAUUUACGCCCUACGAGUUCUUUUGCGAGGAGCUCGGCGCAGGCAUACCGACGUGGGCUCUAGGGAGACAUUUCUAUGGAGGCAGGAACACCAUUUUGCCGGACCAUUCCCCGAUUCCUGAGUUGCGCGUUCCCGGCCUGAUGGGCAUCUGGGGCAGCGCUUUCUGUGCAACACUCUCCCACUAUUACAAGGAAAUCCGUCCAUUGGUCAAGGGAAUCGCAGGCUUUGGCGGUAUAGACUCUUUGAUCCAAGGCAAGACAAAAGACCUGAUCCGAGUACACCCCAUCGAUCCCGCAGCGAUCCCGAAUUAUGUGCGUGGAAUGGAAGAUGUGUUGCCGCCCUCUUGCCCCGAGUCCAUCUUCCAAGACGACCACCUGCGUCUCAUGGAUGCCGGCAUGAGCAACAAUCUUCCGAUCUACCCUCUUCUGCGACCCGGAAGAGACGUGGACAUUAUCGUUUCCUUUGACGCAUCAGCCGAUAUCAAACAGGAGAACUGGCUUUCCGUUGUCGACGGAUACGCGCGGCAACGCGGCAUUAAAGGCUGGCCUGUUGGAGCAGGCUGGCCGAAGGAGGAUGACCACCUCAAGGUGACAGAGGAAACUCUGCGGGAGCCGCAAAACAUCAGCGAAACUGCGAUAAACCAGAAGGUGAAAGAAGCCCAGGAGAUGAACAAGAAGUCAGACGGUGCUGUGGCCGGCCAAGAGGGAAAGGAGCGACCUGCAAACAACACAGACUUGGACUACUGCAAUGUCUGGGUCGGCACAACGGAAGAAAUGGUCUCGGGCAAGGAACCGCCGCCAUCCAAGCGUCUCUUCCAUCCCGCAGGCGACCAGUCUGAAUCCGAGUUCCAUCUGAUGCGUCCCGAAGCCGGGAUCGCCGUCGUCUACUUCCCUCUUCUACCGAACCCAUCCGCUCCAGAACUGCCCCCAACCUCCGCCAUGUCCAAGUCUCGCGCACCCUCCCGACACUCGGAAAUCACCUCGUCCACUAACGCCUCUGAAUCCGCCGCGGACCUGGCCCCUCACCCGGGCUCCAUCAACCCUGACGUGGAUGACUUCCUCUCGACCUGGAACUUCAUCUAUACCCCCGAACAAAUCGACGCUGUGGUCGGCCUGGCCAAAGCAAAUUUCGCACAAGGCGAGGAACAGGUGAAGCGCGUGGUGAGGGCUGUCUACGAGCGCAAGAAGAAUGACCGUCUGCGACGAGAGGCGGAAGCGGCCCGACAACGCAUGGAGGGGUUUGUGCCGUUGUGA